UCAGUGUAGGUUGAACUUUGAAGCGCGUCACAUCGCCGCGUCCGUGGAACAAGUCGUCCGUAGAAGUAGAAUCGACUUUCGGGUUCUCGCUGAAUCUAGAACACAUACACAUAGCUACAGCAAGGGGUUUGGAGUACAGGACCUACCCUUAGGUCGCGUGUGUAGACUCAAGCAAGGACGUCGUCGUCGUCGUCGUACGAGAGGGUGUGUGUGUUUGUUUGUGUGUGUGCACUCGCCAGGAUAAACAAAUAGAAAGCUGUUGGGGGGGAAAGUUCUAAUAAAUUUAGCUCACCUGGUGGGGAUCGACAAUACCUUGGUGGUGGUGGUACAAAAGUGGUGUUAUGUUUUGCUUUCAUUUUCUUCUCUGGCUCGGUCACUCUCGAAGCUAAUCGAUUAGUGGGUGAGCUUGCAACGAAAAAGGAGUUACGACAAGAGGUGAACCCUUGCUACACUCCGGGUGCCGGGAUAACUGGAUUACUUGCGGUCCAGUAAACCACAAAAGGAGUGGAGCAGCACCAGGAAAAGUGAUGAAAAACGACGGAAUUGUUUGGCGGUGAAAAACGAGUGUGGGUUUUUCACACAUUCAACAGCUCAAGGAUCGUGCAAUCGAAUUUGUGUGAAAUUAAUUCCCGGUGAAAAGAGGAAAAAUAAAAAAUAAACCAUCGAAUAAUUGGAUUGAUUAAUGCGUUUCUCAUUGGAUAUCGAGAGCACGCAACCCCACAAAAAAAUUAAACAAAACAUAAAUCAAUUGGAUUUCGGUGAAAGUGCACGUUCGUCACAGAAGAAAACAACAUCAACAAAAAUAUUCAAUUGACAUGUUUAUCUUGGCGGGCAAGGAUGCGAGAAGCACCAGUUGAUUGCAGUGAUUAAAAGCAGUCGGGAAAUUGCUCGAGUGUGUGUGGAAAAUGGAAAAUUAAAAGUCAAUACACACAGGUUCAAGUGUGUGUGUGUGUUUCCCGCCGGAAAUGGGCGUUUGUGGAGGAGGCACGCGAGCGAUGCACCCGUGAUUUGCACUCGGAAAGUAAUUGCAGAAGAAUGGUGGUGGAGAAAAAAAUUAUAAAUUAAUGUCAGUGAAUAAUUCAGCUGGAUCGAGUGUGUUUGUUGGUGGACUGAAAGGUUCUCUCAUCGAACGAAUGGAUAGAGUAAUUGAUUCUUUGGCGAACCGUUAUUGUGCAUUGUGCUGAAAGAGUCAAUUGUGCAGUUAAGAUAAGUUGAACUUCUUCGGAAGCAUCCCACCAAGCCGUGCCCCGUCAUCAGUGCAAAUUCCGGACAAGGACGUCCCCGAGAACAGCAGCAAGCAAGCAAAAAAAAAAACACGAGAAAAGGGAUUUAUUUUAAUCAACCCGGUCACAUAAAUCUGGUUUCACUUUUCCUGGCAGCAGCAGCAGCGGCAGCAGAAACAGCAUCAGGCCAAGGCAGGCAGGAUAAAUUGCACCAUGUUUGAAUAUUCAGAAGGACGUCGUCGUCGGCAGUGACACCGGGAAAAACAAACAAGAAGAUUGAGGAAGGAAAAAAAAUCACAAAAUAAGGACAGCCUUAAGCCCGGGCGCCUAAUGGAGCUCUAAUCAACCGUGGAGGAUUGGGUGGGAUUUUGGGGGGUCCCUACUCUUCUGGUUCAACUUUGGUCACGUUUCCUGCUAGGAUAUUCUGUUUGAGAGUUUUUCUCCGGGAUAAGUAGCGUGGGGGAAAAAAGGUGCAACCUCGGGAUCGAAAACAAAAUCAGGCAAUCUGAUUUGAUUUCCAUGUUUUGAGCUAGAGAGAGAGAAAAAGUGGAGGAAAAAAAAGUAAUUCCAGCCGAAAAUAGGCCGGAUGGGGCCAAAGCGAUGUGAUUGUGUUGCAAAUUUGACCGCAGGAAGUUCGUGAAACCGGGCACCGGAAAUAUCUGGAAUUCGAAUGUGCUCCCGAGAAUCGUCAUUUCCCGGAAUUGGAUCUUGUUCCACCUGAGGGGUUAAACGAGCAAAACUACAACCGGUGCUAAUGAAAUCGUGCGGAAAUGUCCCUUCUAAUGGUGGUGCGGAAACGGAAGAAAAAAUGUGUCAUUAAAUUUCAACGAAGCAUCUGAGGGGGCCAGAUUAAGGAACCGCAAAGCCGCUGAAAACGUCCUUCGGGGUCAGGAUCCAUAUUAAAUCAUCCUGUGUAUGGUGCCAUUUGCACCACGACGACCUUUCCAGUGUAGAGUAGUGUGAGUGUGUAUUGGUGAGGGGGGGCUUAGGCCGGAAAAAAGCUAAUAGUGGUGAACAAAGAAGAGGAAGAAAAAUGGCGAUCUACGUGACAAAGCAGUAUUAUUAUUUAUGGAUCGUCAUCAGUCUCGUCGGGAUGCUGGAGCUGGGCGAGGUGGGCCGUCGAAGCGCCCUGGGAAGUGCCCUCGUCGUGCAGGCCGGUUCUGUCAUUGGCGAUGAAAAUGGUCCACUGUUUGAAGUACAAACAGCUGUCGGGCUGGACGUAUCGCUGCCGUGCGAUCUGCUGCCAACGACGAUGACGAUGAUGACCGACAAGGUGACCCUGGUCAUCUGGUACAAGGAAGGCAACAGCAAGCCCAUUUACUCAUUUGACGCCCGGGGUAAAAGUUUGCAGCAGGCGAUUCACUGGUCGGACGAGGCCGUCCUCAAGUCGAAGGCGUACUUCUACUACGAGAACAAUCCGCCGGCGCUCCGGAUAAAGAACGUCAAGCAGGAGGACGCCGGCUUGUACAGAUGUCGAGUGGAUUUCCAGAAAUCACCCACGAAAAACUGCCGGAUAGAUCUGGAUGUUCUCGUGCCUCCCUCCAAGCUGGUCAUCCUGGACGAGCAGGGGGCGGCGGUCCUGAACCAGCUGGUCGGUCCGUACCAGGAAUCGACCGACAUCAACCUGACGUGCGUAUCGAGCGGUGGCGUCCCGACGCCCAAAGUGACCUGGUGGCGGGAGCACGCCCUGCUCGACGACUCCUUUAUGAUCCUGCCGGACGGCACCGUCAAGAACGUCCUCUACCUGGAGAAGCUGAGCCGGGCCGAUCUCCACACGAUUUAUACGUGCCAAGCAAGCAACGGACACGUGGUGCCACCACUCUCCAGCACCGUCAAGUUGGACAUGAAGUUGCCACCGCUGUUCAUCACGAUGCAGGGCCUCCGGGACACGUUGACGGCCGGCAUCAAGACGCAGGUAUCCUGUCUGACGGCCGGAAGCCGGCCCGCGCCGAGCAUCUCCUGGACCAAGGGCACAUCCAUCAUCCGGGGCUCGUCGCAAACGACAUCCAACGAUGGAAACGUGACCGUGUCGGAGCUGGUGUUCGUGCCCGGACCGGAAGAUAAUGAAAAAUCAAUUACAUGCUCAAUUAGCUAUAAUGAAUUCGGCGGACCAACGAUCGUCCUCAAGGAUUCCCGCGUGUUGGACGUUAAGCAUGUACCCGUUAUUUCGCUUUCGCUCGGGGCGCCGCUCAACUCGCAAAAUCUGAUGGAAGGUUCGGACGUGUAUCUGGAGUGUGACAUCAAAGCGAACCCACCGGCGAAGAAGAUCGAAUGGUUCCAUAAUAACAAACUGCUUCAAUCAGCGCGCGGCAUAAUCAUCUCCAAUCAGACGCUGGUCCUGCAGAGCAUCACGAAGGCGACUCACGGCGAGUACAUGUGCAAGGCGGCCAACACGCUCGGGACCGUCACCAGCAAUCAACUGUAUUUGGAUAUCAAAUAUCCACCGGUUUGCAAAUCAGAAGCACAAAUAAUACGAGCUGCUGUGAAGCAAACAGUUAACAUCACUUGCGAUAUCGACGCUAAUCCGAUGCCCAACUUGCUGUUCCGGUGGCAAUUUAAUAACUCAUUGGAAAGCAUGCUCGAGCUUCCGCCGUACUCGAACAUCGAGGCCGAAUCGCACCACCAGCUGGCACUGGCCGAGACCGAGCACGGUUCCCACGGGGACUCCUCCUCGUCCCAUCCCCAUCACCAUCAUCACUCAUCGCAGUCCUCCUCGUCCGGAUCCACGGGCAGCAAUCAUAAUCUGCUGGUGGGGCCCAACCUGGAGGAAAUGGUCCGCAGGAAGCUCGAACGGCAACAGCAGCCACCGAAACCGGUCCCCGUGGACGGCCAGCUGUACAUGUACCGGAUCGAGUCGUUCACCAGCUUCGGGACCGUCACCUGCACCGCCACCAACACGUACGGCCAGAGUGGCCACUGCCUGUAUCACAUCCUGGUGGCAGACGUUCCUGAUCCAAUUAAAAGUUGCACCAUAUCCAAUGUGACCGCUUACACGGUGCACGUGUCGUGCCUGGCCGGCAAGGACGGUGGCAUCCCGCAGCAGUUCCACGUGGACAUUUUCGACGAGAACACGAAGAAGCUGCUGUUCAGCAUCACGUUCAGCGGGCCCGAGAUGCUGCUGAAAAAGCUUCCCAGUGAUACCAAGUUCAUCAUGAAGAUCACACCGUUUAACCUCCAAGGCACGGCACCCACCAGCUACCGUGUGAAAGCCCAGACGUUGCCAGCGCCGUUGCUGCGUACCGCCCCAUCGAAAGCGGUCCUGGUUCAGCUGACUCCACUGCUUGGCGCGCUGGUUGGUGCCGCCAUUACGCUCUUCCUGGUGGCGAUCUGCAUCAUCAUCUUUGUCAAGUUCAAAACGAAGAAGAAGCACCAUCCGGCGACCAACACCGAGCAGGACAAGGGCAGUGCCGAGCCGCUUAGCCGGAACAUUGGCAGCCACUCGAGCAUCGACGACAAAAAUCCGGACGUGAUUCCGCACGAGAACAGCGAGGACGACGACGAGAAGCAGUUCGAGCGGCUGGCGCUGGACUCGGACCGGCUCAAGUUCAGCCAGCCCCAUCCGCCGCAUCCGGUGACGGCGACGCCGGCGAUGCACUACUCGCCCACGCACCUGUCGCCGACCGGGAACGGGCUGAAAAAGCAGUUUGGCGAACUGUCGCUCACGACCAACCCGAGCUACGCGAUAUACAACUCGCCGGUGCGGAGCCCGUACGGCACCGCGGGCAACCCGUCGGGGACGACGACGACGACGACCGUGCUGCCGCCGGCGCGGACCACGUCCCCAAACAUCUACACAAGACUGCCUUUGCGUGACUUUACGCCCAACACGUACGACAGCAUGCUCAGUACGUCGCAGACGUCGUCCUCGGGUUACGCCACGUCGCAAAUUUACACCAAAAUGCCGCUGCUGACGACCAAUUAUGCCGAGCAGCUGGCAUCACUGGACAAAUGACAGCAGUAAGAUGCUUCCACGUGUAACUCAACAUUAUUCUGUCAAUUCGGUGUGCAGCAAAAAGAAGAAAGAAAGAAUAAGAAUGCUUCCGGGAGGCUUCUUGCCAUUCACGUCUAAUUCGCGAGAUCGAGACAAAUUAGUUAGGGAAUCGUUAGGUAAGAGCUAUUAAACUGAUCCGAAAGUCUAAACCGUAGUUGUGUACAUAGUUAGAGUCCCAUUUUUUUGUACAUGUAGCAUCUAAGCCUAGCUAAAUUAUUGUUGGAAAGAUGGUGAGGCAGAAUUUCAAAUACAUUUAUAAAUCAUUAGAGCGAUUUUACACCGAUCCGAAACUCAUCGUAGACAAAUUUAGAGGCAAAAUUGUUGAACAGUUUCGUCUGAUUUUAUCAAAACGCCCACACGAAAUGCGUUCGUCGAGUCGUUAUGUGAUUUUUUUUCUGUUAAAGUUCAGAAAACCUUUUUCUAGUGACUAAAUGCGGCCAUAAAACUUGUGCAAACACACAAGCAGCAGGAAAGUUAUUUGCGUUGUGUUUAUCAACGCUCCAGCUAGUUUUAAGUCAACACCAGAAAGAGAGAUAUAUCUAUCCGUGUGUGUAUCGAAGUUUUUAUUUACACAGGCAUCACCGGGUUUUAUUCUCAAGCAAACUCUCCUCUUUCACCUUCUGUCCACACACUGCGCGAAGGUGAUACGAAGGGAGAGUUUUAUCAUUGAAACUGGCCAUAUCUUGGACCUAACCGAAGGUGUGCGAUAAGUUGAAAAACAUCAUGCGAAAUACACAAACACAAACACACCACCACAUUUACAUUUCUAAGCGAGAUUAUUACCGCUUGAUGUGACGCUCGCUCUUUUGAAAAGGGAAGAAGGAUAUAUCAAACAGAAUGCCGGAAGAAAACUAAACAGGGAAUAUAGUUCAAUAAAUACAUCACACACAGACACAAAUAUCAUGCACACCGCAAACAGACGAUCUUUAUGAAAUAUAAGGUGAAAAAAAAACGAACGAAGAACCAAACCGCAGGCCAAGAGCAAAAGUCAAUAACCCAACCAAAAUCAUCAUAUCAUUUCAUAUCAAUUGAAUCGUAAAGCAAACAUCUACAAAUGCCAGCUGGAGGAGGGGUGAGGGCGGGGAGGUCGGUGAACUUUGGACUGGUUCAAAUUGUUAUUUGUAAUUUCUAUGUGAGAAAAAUAAGAACCGAUGAAGAUAUUAUGAAUAAAUAAAUUUUAUCGUGAUCAACUCGUCCAGCCAAAAUACACUUGGUUUUUAAAUCAAAUGAAAAAUUUAGAACUUAUUCUAUGUCGAAUCUAUGCCAUUAAAUUCAUCUAUCUCGUAAUAUAUGGAUGGAAAAUUUACUAUCAAGUCUCAUUUUAUGCUGGUUUUCAGUUAUUUUUGAAUAUAUUCUUUUAUUUGAAAAGAUCAUUAUUUCAAAAUUAAUUUUAUUUGAAAAAUUCAACAAAAUCAUUCAUAAUUCGCUUAUAAACAAUACAAAAAAACUUCAAGUCGAUAGCGUCAAACGUUCAACAUCAUUUCGUUCUGCCAUCAUUGAAAUAAUAAGAAUUCACAAAGAUAAUAAAUUUGAAUUUAAAUAUGCCAUGUUCACUGUCAUUUCUUGAUAAACACUAAAUAACUAAUUUAUUGGAACUCAUUUCAAGUCGAAAUUGAUGUAAUAGAAAAUGGGUCUUCAAAUCAAAAAUGGAAAACUUCAAAGUGGACCAAUCUAUAAUUUUAUAUUUGGUAAUAAUAUACCUGGACAAACUUAUGGGAAAUUUGGCUUUCCGUUACGAGGCUGAAAAACCAAGUCUGUCAUAUGGAAAUUGCCAAAAA